AUGCUCCAGAAGUUUUGGCUGAAGCAAACAAAAAUGCUGUCUUCCUUCCUCUCCACGCUCGCAAAAACCCUGCCGUGUUGUGACCAGGGUGCCGGGUUAAACCCGGAACUGUCAACAAACCAAACCAACGAACGCCAUAAGCAAAUCCAGAACGUGGCAAAGCACCAGUUACCGCCGACCGUUGCGCAGGUGCCGGAGACCUACAGCUACCUACUGGAUUACAACAGUAACUUUGUGACGUCGGAAUUUAAGGCCAUGGAGGACGAAAUCGCUGCGCUACCGCAGGCCAACAUGAUGGGAUCGCCCGACGAAGCGCUGUUUCUUUCCUGGCUGUGCAAGCUGAUAGACGCGAAGAAGGUUCUCGAGGUCGGGGUGUUCCGGGGUAGCACGACGUUGCUCUUCGCGCAGGCGCUGCCGAAAGACGGACUGGUUGUUGGUCUGGACGUGUCCGCAGAUUUCGCAGCGACCGGAAAAAAAUUCUGGGAAAAGGCGAACGUCAGCAGCAAGAUUGAUUUCCGAGUCGGCCCUGCAUUACAGAAGAUGCAGGAGAUGUUAAACGAUAGGUUCGAAAACUACAAAAAAUCAUUUACGCUGAGUAAAAAUACAUGACCUGGUCCCCACGUUCUCGUAGGCAAGAAGGGAAAUCUGCUAGACAAACCCAGAGGCAGCUUUGUGAUGAACUCCGCAUUUUAUAAUUCCGACGCGUAGUGCAGCCGUUCGUGGCUAUGAGAUGUCGCAUCACAACUUCCUGACCGCUUUACUUAUCCCGAUUAGGACAUGAUUGAAAAUAUUUCAGAAACACCACUACGAAGUGCUCCUCAUGGGGCUGCGCAUAAGAAGCCAUUCAUUCUUUUCUGUGCAUGAUCCAUUGCAGAUUUGUGCAACAAAUACGGAGCAGGGUCGUUUUUAAUCAGAAUAUCGCUCGACCUCUGCUUUAUCGACGCAGACAAAGCGAACUACCCAAAUUACUACGAGUGCGCACUCCAGUUGGUCAAGAAGAACGGGAUCAUCGCCAUAGAUAACACUCUGUACUUCGGCAAAUUCAUCUUGCCCCCCGAGGACCAAAAAACCGCGGACGCAAAGGGAAUCCAGGCGGUAAACGAGAAACUCGCGAGUGAUCCUCGGGUCGACAUCGUCCUGCGUAUCCAUCGGGGAACAGUAAAGCAGUAUUUUUUUCGGCCUGGUCAAACUCCGAUCUUAGCCUUGAGUAAGGAAAUUAGAUGGCAGCUGUCGAUGACGUGUAUGAAGAAAGAUGGUGGGCGUAGCAAGAAUGUAUCCAGCGACAAAGAAAUUCGAUGUCCGACUAGAUUUUUAUUUGCAUGUCCAUGCAUGUCCGACUAAACGCCAGAACAAAUAAAUGCGGCUUUCCAAGCAUACCAGUGGGCAUCGCAGACGGCCUUACCUUGGUGCGAGUACUGCAGUAGGGCGUCGAUUUUGCGGAUGUGCCUUACGACUUUGCACCGCUACAGGAAAUGCUGCAUGACCACGCAAGCCCGUGAAACGAACAAAUCCUCUCGUACGGGCAUGACCAUCACGACAAGCCCACUUUGACUUUUUCCCAGAAAUUAGGAUUAUUUAAGGCACUCCGAUUUAUUUGCUCACGCUACCAGCAGCAGCUUCGUUCUUCGUUCAGAUGCAAAGUGAGCAGAUAUGUCUGGUCAGCCAACGGCAGCGUCGUACCAGUUCUUGUAUGGCUGUUCUCUGGUCGCGCCUCUUUUUGCUAUCGAGACUCGACGUCGUGCCCGCUGCUCAAGAAAAACUGAAAGACCGAACUUGUACGCACGUAAUUCAUUUUUAGAAAAGUCGCGUUUCGUUGAGCUCAUUUGGCACGCAGUAAAAAAAAAACCGAGGUAGAGAGCAGAAAUGAGUACAGGGCUCAAAGAGGUACAAUAUUAUCGAAG